GCAUGACUGCAUCCAUUCCGUCCAUCAUUGCCGAUUACGCAUUUACGCAAGUUGCCAACCAACGCCAAAGCUCACCACUGUCGUCUCCUCUCACUCACCGGCCGCUCCCAUAUAUCCGCUCACCCCGCCGCUCCAACCAAUUUCUUCUACGCCGAGAGUUGAGAGAGAGACAGACAGGGAGGGAGCCGCUGGCAUGAACUGCGUCAAGAUUCUCGUACUGCUCUCCCUGAUCCCUCUCGCUCUGAGGGGAGCGUCGCUUCUCGUCGUCCCGUCACCCUCCGCCGACCCCGCGUCGCGCGCCGGCGUCUUGGCUCCGGUACAGGCGGAGCAGUGGAGGCAGCAGCGGAGGAGGACGGCGGGUCAGGCUCAGGGCGGCCGCGCCACCAUCGCGCCCUUCGCCCCGCGGCGGUUCGGCGGCGCCGCCGGCGGCUUCUUCCGGGACGACAAGAGGUUCGCGCCCACGGGGUCGAACCCGCUGCACAACCUGUGAUCGGCGGCCGGUGGGGUUGACUGCUUCGACCUCCCUGUCUGUGCAAAGUCUACCCAACUGGUGCACUGUAAUUUUCCUCUUGUACAUACGGUCUAUCAGUUAUUGAUUCUGCAUUGAUACAAAUGGGUUAUCCCUGUGUGUUCAAUUUGGUCAUACGUAUAUCCGCCGUUGGUAACUUAGCCUGAAAAAAGGUUGUCAAGAACCUACUGCUGUUGUUUUUUUUAAGUUCGAUUGGCUUCAGAAAUCAGAACAGAGAUUGACAAAAUUGG